CCCAACGAAGGUCUUAGAAUACAAUCAACCAACUACAGGAAGAAUUUGUAGAGGAGGUUUUCUUGUGUGUCUGCAUCGCCCCACCCGCAGCCAUGUGAGGACACAGCAUCUGUGGCAACAAGGAGCCACCUUGGGAGCAGAGAGCAAGCUCUUCCAGACACUGAAUCUGCCAGCACCUUGAUCUUGGUCCAGCCUUCAGAACUGUGAGAAAUAAAUUUCUAUUAUUUACAAAUUACCCAGUCUAAGCUAUUUUGCUAUAGCGCAGGAAUGGACUAAAGAUGAUUUUCCUGGGAUAAAAGGACUUUCUAAUUUUAUUAUCUUAGCCUCAAAAGCACUAGAAAUUCUCCUUUUAUUUUUUCUUAUUUAAUUUGUAAAUAAUUGGAUAGUUAUAUUUUAGUUCUAUAUCUAGCUAGUAUACAAAUAAUGUAACACCAUCUCAUUUUGCUUUACAUUUCUUAGAAUACUAGCUAGUAAGGUCUUAUUUCAUAUCCUUUCUUGGAAACCAUAUGUGUAGUAGCCAGUCUCAUGAAAUCCUUGUGUUGAGUCACUGUAUUAGUCAUCUUUUUGCUGAAACAAUGCUGCUCAACAAAGAACUCCCCAAUCUCAGUAUUAUACAACACACAUCCAUUUCUCCCUCAAGGAUCUAUAGUUUAGGUAUGGAUUGGUUUAAGUCUGUCAUUUUCAUGGCAGAGUGCAGGAGUGCAAGAGAGUUGGCAGAGACUCAUGAUGACUGGUCUCUGCUCAGAACUGGCACAGUCUCGCUUCUGCCAUUUUCCGUUCACCAAAGUAAGUCACAUGGCCAAGUCCAAAGUCAUUGGUGCAGAAAAGUACAGUCUGCCCACAGAGUGCAGGAGGGGAGAGUAAUAUUUGUGGAACAAUAAUGCAAUCCACCAGUCACUGUAUGUGCUGCUUUCUUGCUUUUUGUUAAGCUUUUCUCCUUGUAGAUACAUGGUAACUUUAUUCUUCCUCAUCCCAUUUUAACUUAGCUAUGACUUUUGAACAGUGAAAUGUAACUUGUUUCGUUGGCUGAAACGUGGUCACUUCUGGGAAGAACGCAGACAUUUUUAAGAGCUAGUACAUAAUUGGCCCUUUUCAGUUUCCACUGUUUUAUUGAUCCUUGAAGAUCAAUAAGAUGAAGCUUUCAUCAACCUAAGUCCCUGAGUUACUGUGAUGGUCAGAGCCUUCCUGCUAACCCUAAUUGAACAUGUAGAAUGAGCAAGAAAUUCAUUUUUGUUGUAUUAAGUUACUGAGAUUUGGAGAUUAUUUAUUACUGGAGCAUAAUCUAGCCUAUCCUAACACAUUGCUUUUUAUUUCCAUUUUGCAACCAAGUAUUGUUAUGUGUGUGUCUGCUCUCAGUUUUCUGGCUUAGAAAUCAAGUAACCGGCCGGGCGCGGUGGCUCACGCCUGUAAUCCCAGCACUUUGGGAGGCCGAAGCGGGCGGAUCACGAGGUCAGCAGAUCGAGACCAUCCUGCCUAACACGGUGAAACCCUGUCUCUACUAAAAAUACAAAAAAUUAGCCGGGCGAGGUGGCGGGCGCCUAUAGUCCCAACUACACGGGAGGUUGAGGCAGGAGAAUGGUGUGAACCUGGGAGGUGGAGCCUGCAGCGAGCCGAGAUCGCGCCACUGCACUCCAACCUGGGCGACAGCGAGACUCCGUCUCAAAAAAAAUAAAUAAAUAAAAAGAACUCAAAUAACCUGGGUAAAUGAUGUUGAUAAAUUAAACUAUUCAUUUUAUUCUUUCCUGAGCGCACUGCUCUUAGUUUGGUCAACUGAUUGUGCUUCAGGGAAUACCUGAAUUGAUGAUAAGGGACAAAAAAUCGGAAGGUGUCACAGUCUUUACAGUCAGCUCCAAAUAUUCCAAUGAUACUUUUACCUUUCAUUCAGUUUUUAAAAUUCAUUUUCCUUUUCUUCUCUCCAACUUGUUUCUGGGUAAAAAGGAUUAUUGAUGUUGAUAUAGUUUACUGCAUAAUCUAUACAUCAAUAAUAAAAAUAGCUAUGUCUAAUAUAUUUUUGCCAGAUCCUCCUCUAACAAUUGUGUGUGUACUAACUCUUUUCAUCCUCGCAGCAGUCUUUUGAGGUAGGCUCUAGUUAAUGCCCACUUUACAAAUGACUAAUGUGGAGCACAGGGAGGUAAAUUAUACUGCCCACGUUCACAAAGCUGAUUGAUGGCAAAGCUGAGAUUUGAAACCAAUCAGUUUUGUUUCAGAAUGGCCUGCCUAACCAUUUUGCGUACUGCUUCCCUAAUUUUGACACGUAACAUUGGCUGGGACUUAGAUAGGAGGACAAUAUGUCUGCAACAUCUGUCACCUCAGUGAUCCCUGUGAUCACCUGGUUAGUCAGAACAUGAUGUCUUCUUGAUCCAUCACAGCUCCAUGUCUGUCUCUCUAACCUUGGGCUUAAAAAACAAAUGCCCUUUCCAGACAAAGAGGCAUCAUUCUGAGAUCAAGGAUACAGUGUCUGUAGUAGAUUAAAGAUGACCACAAAUUACUUGCUACUUCUCCCAUUGAGAGGUGGAAUCUAAUUCUCCUCCCUUUAAUAUGGGCUACCCUUAGAGACUUACUUGACUAAUAGAAUACAGCAGAAGAGAUGUCUGACUGGCCAGGCUAGGUAAGUAAGAAGCCUUGUAGCUUCCAUGUGAGACUCUUGGGACAUGUCUUCUAAGGCCUAAGCUGCUGGAUAAGUCAAACUACCAUGCUAGAUAAACCACGUGCAGAGGCCAUGAGACCACAUGACAAGGGGAGGGGCCUAGCUGAGCACAACAACCAACAGUUCCCAUCAGGGUGCCAGGCAUUAUGUGUGAAGCAGUCUUCCAUCAGCUGGACACAACUGAGCAACCCUAACUGUGGUCACUAUGGAAUAAAUUUGCCCUGCUGAACCAUGCUAGAAUUAUUGAUUACCAAAAUGAUGAGAUACAAUAAAUUGCUUAUUGUGCUAAGUUUUGGAGUAGUUUACUAAGUAACAAUAGAUAACUGGAACUAAAUUUGGUAUCUGAAAGUGGACUUUCACUAUAACAAAAACUGAAAACAAAUGGCAAUGACUUUGUACCUGGUUGCCACAGAAGUUAGAAAGGCCUCGAGAAAAAUGUUAGUGAAUACUGGAAGGACAUCGAGGAGACUGCUGGAGAGACUGAAGGACAGUAAAGAAAAUACUAUGGGGGGUGGCUAAAGAAAUGACCUGUGUUAUGUAGUGGCAGAAAGUUUUCGUCUUUGAUAAUGUGGGAAAAUAGAAAAGGUGCCCAAUGAAUGGGAGGAUCUGGCUAAGGAGAUUUUCAGCAGAAUUUCAAAACUACAAAGAGGUUUCUUUUAGCCACAUUAUUGUAAGAUAUUGAUUAAAAAAAAAGAAAAAAAGUGGGCUAAAAAAGGAGCCAUUUGGUUUUUAAGCAGAAUUUAGAGGAAUUAUAAAGAGGCAGGACUUGCUGGGUUCAGAAGAGAUCGGGUGCAUUCAGGGUGGCAUGGCCGUAGACUUUGCUGGGUUCAAACAUCAAACUGCUUCUCAUCCUCAAUCUCUCUAGACAGGGAAAGCUUUCAAAAUAAGAAAUGGCUUCAGGGCAAAAAUAAAUUCCAAGAUGUGACAGCUAGACCCAUGAUUAAGACCUCAAUUAAGGUGGUGCCUCAUAUAUCCUUUCAGUUAAACAAAAAGCCUUCUACAAUCUUGGGCAAUGUACCUCUCCAUUGGACAAAAGAGUUUCUAAGAAUUUUAAGGUUCUGUUAUCCCAUGUCAGACUCACAGUUAGUCCAAGCAAGGUGAAAAAGCUGGCUUCAGAAUGAAAUGUGGGUGUGGCUUUUGCCUAGUAAAGUUCGUUAUCAAUUAGUAUAUAAGACGCCUUAACAUUUUUAAGUGAAUUAUACCAGCAUGGACUGACUGAAAAGGAUGAAGAGAGUACAAAGUGAAAAGAUGCCUUUGGACCCUCAACCUGCCUCAGAGAAGCAGGCUGAGAAAGUUACCCAGCCAAAAACAAGGAUUACUUCUUAGGGAAAAAGAAGAACGGCUCAAAGAAUGGAACCAAGAGCCCAGAGGACUGAUGGAUAGCCAGAGGGAAUCAUUCCCAGGAGCAGGACUGGGCCCUAAUCAAGGAACUGGUAAUAUGUACUCAGCUAGAUUUCAAACUUUCUGUGGACUACUGACCACUGUAUGCCUCUGUUCUCUGACUCUUCGAAUGGGAGUGCCUAUUAUGGUUAUCCUAUCUCUGUCCCAUUGUUUCUUGGGUGUGAGAGCCCCAGUGACUUCAGAUCAAGGGGAACUAUACUCAAGGAGCUGAGUGCCAGGAGCCUCAUCAUCACCUGAAUUUGAGUUAGAUGGUGAGAAAGUGGACUUCUAGGCUGAUGCAGUAAAUGUCAGGAAACUUUUGAGGGCUUUAGGAGAGUGUGAGUUUAUUUUGCUUGUGGUAAUAAUGUCUGUGGCCAGAGGAAAAGGAAUGUGGUAGAUUCAAGAUGGCUACAAAUUUUUUGCUACUUCUCUUAUUCCAAGGUAGAAUCUAAUUCCCCUCCCUUGGAUCUAAGCUGGUCUUCAUGACUUGCUUGACCAAUAGAAUGCAGUUCUAGGCCAUAAACUCCUGAACCUGGGCAAUAAGAAACCUUGCAGUUUCCAGUAGGCCUCUUGAUAUACUGAGCUGCCAUGAAAGAAAUCCGACUACCUUGCUGGAGCUAUAGAUAGGAGAGGUCUUGAGGCCACCAGCAGUCCUCAAAGGCAUCAGGCACACAAUAUAAGUGAAGUUACCUGGGACCUCCAGAGCAGCCCUGCCUUCCACUGAAUACCAGCAAGUGACCCAGUCAAUACUGCAUGGGGAAAACAAAUUGCUCAGCUGAGACCUGUCCAAAUUACUGACCCACAAAAUCAUAAGAUACAACAAAAUGGUUGUUUUGAGCUACUGAAUUGUGGGGUAGAUUGUUUAUGCAGGAAUAGACAACUGAGACCAUGCCUUAAAAUGGACACAGUAUUUCUGAUGCAUUAUCUCAUUCAUUCAUCCAAUAAAUAAUUACUGUGAACCAUUAUGUGUCAGGCACUACUCUUUAUUCUAGAGACACAGUAGUUUAAAAAAAGGCCAGCAAAGACCCUGUUUUCAUGGAGCUUGCAAUCUACUGGUUUAGAUAGAUAAUAAGUAAAGAAAUAACUACAAUAUGCCAGAUGGUGAUAAGGGCGAUAAAGAUAAGUGAAGCAUGUCAAGGGAGCAUCCCAGCAAGACAACUCUCUUUUUAUAAAAGAGAAAACAGAGUCUUAGAAAGAUUAAAUAAUAGGCAGUAAGAGAAGCAAGUUCCUAGGUACAAUGAAACUGGAGUUUCACUUGAUGAAACACUGUUCAAUAGAAUUUAUAAAUUCAAAUUGUUGUUUAGCACAGCAGAGGAACCUAAUAGGCAGAAGUGUGGCUUGGAUGGAUGUUCCUGACUACCCAGGCUGUCCGAGUAAACUGUUGUAUAUACAAGAAUGAAAAGAUCUGAGGUGGAGCCAAGGUGGCCAAAUAGGAACAGCUCCAGUCUAGAGCUCCCAGCGUGAGCAAUGCAGAAGACGGGUGAUUUCUGCCUUGCCAACUGAGGUACUGGGGAGUGUCGGAAAGUGGUUGCAGGACAGUGGGUGCACUGCACCCAGCAUGAGCCAAAGGAGGGCGAAGCAUCACCUCACCCGGGAGGCGCAAGGGGUCAGGGAAUUCCCUUUCCUAGUCAAAGAAAGGGGUGACAGACAGCACCUGGAAAAUCGGGUCAUUCCCACCCUAAUACUGCACUUUUCCAACAGUCUUAGCAAACGGCACACCAGGAGAUUAUAUCCCGUGCAUGGCUCGGGGGGCCCUACACCCAUAGAGCCUCCCUCAUUGCUGGCACAGCAGACUGAGAUCGAACUGCAAGGCGGCAGCGAGGCUGGGGGAGGGGCACCUGCCAUUGCCGAGGCUGGAGUAGGUAAACAAAGCAGCCUGGAAGCUCGAACUGGGUGGAGCCCACUGCAGCUCAAGGAGGCCUGCCUGCCUCUGUAGACUGCACCUCUGGGGGCAGGGAAUAGUCAAACAAAAGGCAGCAGAAUCCUCUGCAGACUUAAAUGUCCCUGUCUGACAGCUUUGAAGAGAGUAGUGGUUCUCCCAGCACACAGCUUGAGAUCUGAGAAUGGACAGACUGCCUCCUUAGGUUGGUCCCUGACCCCCAAGUAGCCUAACUGGGAGGCCCCCCCCAGUAGGGGCAGACAGACACCUCACAUGGCCGGGAACUCCUCUGAGACAAAACUUCCAGAGGAACGAUCAGGCAGCAACAUUUGCUGCUCACCAGUGUCUGCUGUUCUGCAGCCUCCGCUGCUGAUACCCUGGCAAACAGGGUCUAGAGUGACCUCAAGCAAACUCCAACAGACCUGCAGCUGAGGGUCCUGACUGUUAGAAGGAAAACUAACAAACAGAAAGGACAUCCACACCAAAACCCCAUCUGUACAUCACCAUCAUCAAAGACCAAAGGUAGAUAAAACCACAAAGAUGGGGAAAAAUAGAGCAGAAAAACUGGAAACUGUAAAAAUCAGAGUGCCUUUCCUCCUCCAAAGGAACGCAGCUCCUCGCCAGCAAUGGAACAAAGCUGAAUGGAGAAUGACUUUGACAAGUUGAGAGAAGAAGGCCUCAGACGAUCAAACUACUCCGAGCUAAAGGAGGAAGUUCAAACCCAUGGCAAAGAAGUUAAAAACCUUGAAAAAAAAUUAGACGAAUGGCUAACUAGAAUAACCAAUACAGAGAAGUCCUUAAAGGACCUGAUGGAGCUGAAAACCAAGGCACGAGAACUACGUGACAAAUGCACAAGCCUCAGUAGCCGAUUCGAUCAACUGGAAGAAAGGGUAUCAGUGAUGGAAGAUGAAAUGAAUGAAAUGAAGCAAGAAGAGAAGUUUAAAGAAAAAAGAAUAAAACAAAAUGAACAAAGCCUUCAAGAAAUAUGGGGCUAUGUGAAAAGACCAAAUCUACGUCUGAUUGGUGUACCUGAAAGUGACGGGGAGAAUGGAACCAAGUUGGAAAACACUCGGAAGGAUAAUAUCCAGGAGAACCUCCCCAAUCUAGCAAGGCAGGCCAACAUUCAAAUUCAGGAAAUACAGAGAAUGCCACAAAGAUACUCCUUGAGAAGAGCAACUCCAAGACAAAUAAUUGUCAGAUUCACCGAAGUUGAAAUGAAGGAAAAAAUGUUAAGGGCAGCCAGAGAGAAAGGUCGGGUUACCCUCAAAGGGAAGCCCAUCAGACUAACAGCGGAUCUCUUGGCAGAAACUCUACAAGCCAGAAGAGAGUGGGGGCCAAUAUUCAACAUUCUUAAAGAAAAGAAUUUUCAACCAGAAUUUCACAUCCAGCCAAAUGAAGCUUCAUAAGUGAAGGAGAAAUAAAAUACUUUACAGACAAGCAAAUGCGGAGAGAUUUUGUCACCACCAGGCCUGCCCUAAAAGGGCUCCUGAAGGAAGCACUAAACAUGGAAAGGAACAACCGGUACCAGCCACUGCAAAAACAUGCCAAAUUGUAAAGACCAUCAAGGCUAGGAAGAAACUGCAGCAACUAACAAGCAAAAUAACCAGCUAACAUCAUAAUGACAGGAUCAAAUUCAAACAUAACAAUAUUAACCUUAAAUGUAAGUAGGCUAAAUGCUCCAAGUAAAAGACACAGAAUGGCAAAUUGGAUAAAGAGUCAAGACCCAUCAGUGUGCUGUAUUCAGGAAACCCAUCUCACAUGCAGAGACACACAUAGGCUCAAAAUAAAGGGAUGGAGGAAGAUCUACCAAGAAAAUGGAAAACAAAAAAAUGCAGGGGUUGCAAUCCUAGUCUCUGAUAAAACAGACUUUAAACCAACAAAGAUCAAAAGAGACAAAGAAGGCCAUUACAUCAUGGUAAAGGGAUCAAUUCAACAAGAAGAGCUAACUAUCCUAAAUAUAUAUGCACUCAAUACAGGAGCACCCAGAUUGAUAAAGCAAGUCCUUAGAGACCUAGAAAGAGACUUAGACUCCCACACAAUAAUAAUGGGAGAAUUUAACACCCCACUGUCAACAGUAGACAGAUCAACGAGACAGAAAUUCAACAAGGAUAUCCAGGAAUUGAACUCAGCUCUGCACCAAGUGGACCUAAUAGACAUCUACAGAACUCUCCACCACAAAUCAACAGAAUAUACAUUCUUCUCAGCACCACACUGCACUUAUUCCAAAAUUGACCACAUAGUUGGAAGUAAAGCACUCCUCAGCAAAUGUAAAAGAACAGAAAUUAUAAUAAACUGUCUCUCAGACCACAGUGCAAACAAACUAGAACUCAGGAUUAAGAAACUCACUCAAAACCACUCAACUAUAUGGAA